AUGUACGGGGUCUCCGGGCCCCAGCAGCAGGGGUUCCAGGUGUUCAGAAGCUCCACCUUCAGCAUCAGUUGCUCCAUCCAGCCUCAGUACCCAGGAGGCUCCUUCCUGCUCAGCUUCACCUCCAUCAACUCAGCAAACAACUACACCCAGCCAGCUGUCAAUCACUCUUCCCACUUCCUGUUCCCGGCUGCAGCGCCCGCCCACCAGGGAAACUACAGCUGUGUUUAUCACGUCUCUGCUUUUUCUCAGGACUUCUCCUCUGAGAGCCGUCUGCUCUCCGUCACCGUCACAGAUAAGCUGUUUCAGCCCAACAUCUCUGUGUCCUCCUCCAUGUAUGGGGUCUCCGGGGCCCAGCAGCAGGGGUUCCAGGUGUUCAGAGGCUCCACCUUCACCAUCAGUUGCUCCAUCCAGCCUCAGUACCCAGGAGGCUCCUUCCUGCUCAGCUCCUCCACUCACAACUACACCCAGCCAGCUGUCAAUCACUCUGCCCACUUCCUGUUCCCGGCUGCAGAGCCCGCCCACCAGGGAAACUACAGCUGUGUUUAUCACGUCUCUGCUUUUUCUCAGGACUUCUCCUCUGAGAGCCGUCUGCUCUCCGUCACCGUCACAGGCCACCAGGGGGCGGAGGCCGAGCCGACAGGAGGACAUUGAGCUGGAUUAUGAUGACCUGGGUGUUCCUGCUGAAGAGGAAGGAGCUCAGGGAGCAGAGUAGCAGCUCCAAGGAGCUCCUCUCACACACAUGGGUUUAUCAGCUCUUAGAGCUUUUAUCCAACGUUAGAAAAUAUAGCUUUCACUCUGAAAGUCACCAGCAAUGUGUGAGUGCCUCAUGUUUCCUGACUUCCUGUCAGCUCCAAGCCCAUUGGUUCCCACUGAAGAUGAAGAUCUUUAAAACACAUCUCAAGUUAGUUUUAUUAUGAAAAGUCAAUGCAGUCGGUGCAGUUUGAAACCACAGACACACCAACCCAGGCCGCUCAGGAACUAAGUUGGCCAAUUAAUGCCAUAUAUUAAUGUUCAAAUAUCCUCUAGAAACAGUGUUACAAUACCCAGUGUUUGAAUCUAAUGUAGUGAUUCCUGAGAUAACAGGAGGAACGCGUUACAGCGCCACCUAGUGUUGGAUUUGUAGACCUCGAGCACAACAAGUUUUUUUUUUAUAUUCAAUCAACAAAUAAGAAAAAGUACAGUUUUUAAAAUGUUACGUUUUUCACAACAAUUCAUCUGAUCAGCGAGAUAGGAUAUUUGAUCCCCUUGUGGGUCACAUGGGUCAUUUCAGCAGCAGGACCAGAUUUAGCUGAUCAAUAUACAAAUAGGAAU